GGGGGUAGGUGGACGAAAACACCUUCAGCAUCUUUUCCGCGGCGCGCUUUAAUGUGGAGUCGCAGCGUUGCGGGGAGGCGCGGGGACGCGGGAGCGGAGCGCUUCUCUGACAUGGGAUUUCACAGCAUGGACCUGCGAGGCCAAGUGAACUUUUCCACCAGUCCCUGACCUCCUGUUCCCAAGCAAGCAGAGAACCUCUGGGGGUCUUUCCCUCCUCUGCGCUGCACCGGACCGCAACGAUGCCAAUCCUGCAGAAAAAGACGAGCAGUGACCGAGACGGCCAACCGCAGCAGGCGCUGCCGAAGGUCCCUGUGCCUCCGCUGAAACAAACCCUGGACACCUACUUGAAAUGUGUCCAGCACCUGGUGACACAGGAGCAGUUUAGGAAAACCAAGGUCAUCGUGGAGAAGUUUGGAGCCCCGGGAGGAGUUGGAGAGGUUCUCCAGAAGAAGCUGUUAGAGAGGAGGGACAAGACGACCAACUGGGUCUACGACUACUGGCUGGAGGACAUGUACUUGAACAACAGGCUGGCUCUGCCAGUCAACUCCAGUCCUGCCAUGGUGUUUCCCAAGCAGACGUUCAGAGAUCACACGGACGCUCUGAGAUUUGCCGCCCGACUCAUCAGAGGAGUGUUGGAUUAUAAGGUGCUCAUCGAUGCGCGAACGCUGCCGGUGGACUUCGCCCGGGGCCAGUUAGCGGGGACUCCUCUGUGCAUGGAGCAGUACUACCGCCUCUUCAGCUCCUACCGCCACCCGGGGCCGAGGACAGACGUCCUGCAGCUCCACAUCAACACGGAGCCCGGGCACAUCAUCGUGGCGUGUAAGAACCAGUUCUUCGUACUGGAUGUAGUCGCAAACAACAAGCAGCUUAAUGAGACUGAAAUCUUCUCCCAACUGGAGAAAAUUCAGAAAAUGGCAGAAAACGCUGCAGAGAGAUCUCCUCCCGUUGGCAUCCUGACAUCUGAUGGGAGAACGGAGUGGGCACAAGCCAGGGACGCGUUAACAAAAGAGCAGAUGAACAGAGACUCUCUGGCGCUGAUGGAGACCUGUGCGUGCGUGCUGUGUCUGGACGAGCCCGGCGGCCCGGAGCCCAGCGACACCAACAGGGCCCUGAUGAUGCUGCACGGAGGUGGCCCUGACAAGAACGGGGCGAACCGCUGGUACGACAAGUCCAUGCAGUUUGUGGUAGGAAUGGACGGGGUUUGCGGGGUGGUGUGUGAGCACUCACCGUUCGAGGGAAUCGUCCUGGUGCAGUGCUCCGAGUACCUGAUGAAGUACAUAACAGGGAGUCCCUCCCGGAUCGGAGCCGCCCCGGGGGUCCGAGCGCUCCCCGCUCCCAGGAGGCUGCGCUGGAGGUGCAGCUCACACGUCCACGGGCUCCUGACGGCGGCCGGAGGCCGACUCCAGAGACUGGUGAACGACCUGGACAUGGACGUGUUCACGUUCAGAGCCUACGGGAAGGAGUUCAUCAAGAAGCUGAAGAUGAGCCCGGACGCGUUUGUUCAAGUCGCUCUACAGCUGGCGUUUUACAAGUGCAACGGGAGGCUGGUGUCCACCUACGAGAGCGCUUCCAUUCGCCGCUUCCAGGAGGGCCGUGUCGACAACAUCCGCUCUGCGACGCCGGAGGCGCUGGCCUUCGUCACGUCCAUGACAGACGAGACGGCCGCCUCCACCGAUUCAGAGAAAAUUCAACGACUGAGGGACGCUAUCAAUGCCCAAACGAACUACACCAUUGCAGCGAUCACAGGAAUGGCGAUAGACAAUCAUCUCCUCGGGCUUCUCAGGACUGCGAAGGAGCUUCACAUGGAGACACCCGAGAUCUUCAGUGAUGAGACGUAUCGGACCAGUAACCACUUCAUCCUGUCCACCAGUCAGGUUCCCACCUCCCUGGAAAUGUUCUGCUGCUACGGCCCGGUGGUCCCCAACGGCUACGGCGCCUGCUACAACCCGCAGUCGGACCACAUCGUCUUCUGCGUCUCCAGUUUCUGGGAGAACACGCACACGAGCUCCACCGUUUUCGUCAGAGCCCUGAACGAGGGCCUGCUGGAAAUCAGGGACCUGUGCAACCGAGCCGGUGCCGCGGCUCCCGAGGCGCCCGUGCAGCCGCGCAAAGCAGGGAAGUAGGAGCUGGAGCUUUAGACGCGGAGCUGCGACGCCUUCACGCCAUUGUGUUGUCUGUGCAAUAGUGAUCUUAGCACAAGCCUUAAAGUCAACCUGUAAUAGUAAUGUACAGCAUAGACAUAUUUAUAAUAAUACUCAUAAUAAUCAUUUCACUGUCUGUGUAGACGUCUUAAAACCCUGCUUGACUCAGCAGACGGAGCGAAGCGUCCGCUGCCUUUAGGAAACAGAAGCCAUGACCGCUGUGUAGCACUGAUGUGAGAAUCAAUGACCUGAGCUCCCACACGCGGACUAGUACUUUAAUACAGUAGACGAGACGCUAUAAUGUCAAAACAUCUCCUCUAUAUCUCAAUGACGUCCAAUAAUCACCUCGUCCUGUGAUGUGACCAUGAUGUUGAUGUUUAUCACAGCCAAAAUGUUGCAAAAGAAUCUGUAGAGGCACUUUAUGAUUUAUAGAAAUAUAUAAAUAAUAGCUGUAACCAGAGGACGUGUAGCUGGUUUCAGUGACACAGUUGAAGUAGUUCUGUGUGAAUGUUCCUUAGUCUAGUGCUGUAUUAGUUACUGUUAUGAUGUAGACGUGCUUUAGAGGCUGAACUCAGUGUUCCUACGUACGUGAGUGACGGUUACACUCAUAGAGCCACUUUGUGCAAUAACACAAGAGCAGCUGCAGUGAGGGCACGUGUGCAAUGAGUUGAUUAGAUGCACUGAGCUGUUUUUCAUAUGUGGAGUAACAGUAGAAUGAAGCGCCAUGACGCAUGUUGCUUUUUACAUCUGUAUGAACGUGUCGGUGGCUGUAGAGAUGAGGAGCUGUGCGUUUGUUCUGUGUUGUGUAUCUGUGUGACCCACGUCCGGCAGAAAGAAACAGAUGCAUGUUGAUUCUUAGCUACUAGCUGUAUUUUUUUAUGGCCACAUAGAGAAGAUUAUAUGACAAUAAAUGUAAAAAUGCCUUAAAUUAUAAUGCAAACCGUUACAGUAGAUGUGAUAUAAAUGUUUAAUCUGAAUGAUACAUGUUGUAUUUGUCAUGUGUUAUUCAGUAGAUUUUUAUUUUAAACUUUGAAUCAUUUAUAAAAGAACUUAACAAAUAUUCCCAAUAGGUAAACUGGGUUAGGUAUUUAUUUUUUUACCACAGUGUGUCUGAGUAUCUGUGUGCGACCCAUGAUUUGUGUGAAUCACAACUAACCUGUGACCAGUUCAGUGACCAGUAUCCAGUAUGUUGUAUUCAAUGAAUGUGGGGUGAAAAGUUGUCCGUAGUUUUGAGGCUGCAAUGAUCUUUAGCCGACAGAUGACAUAGAGUAUUUAAGCUGUAAUAAAACUGCUGUAACUAACAAUAAGUGUUUCAGAAAUAAAUGUUCCUUUAAGCAGCUACGCCAAUAAACGUUCACUAGUGUCCUGUUUAUCUGUAAAAGAAGAACGACAACAACACACUGAUGUUUAUGUUGUGAAUAAAAAAGAAUGUGGCUGAAUUGUUCUAAAACUGGAAACAGCUCAAAUGCAAAAUUCAGAUGUUCUACUCAAAUAAAAAUAUUUACCACAAUUCA